GUAGCUACGAAAGUAUCGGGUUGCGUACAUUUAAUUUUGUAUUGGAAAUACAUAUGUCAAACUGUACUGCAUAACCCCACCAUCGGCAUGCAACCUAAGCUCUAACCCCUCUAUGUACAUAGAUAGGUACAUUAUAGUGGCAUCUCAAUCGAAGUCCUCUCUUAUGUUGCCUUGCACCACCAUUGAAAACGUACAUGCAUCUUAGGUAAUGCAAACAGCCGCUAUAAAUCUAAUAGGCAUUAUAUCUGUCUAGUCCUCUCUACUGCGAUAUAAAAGAAUACACAGUUCAUCUCAACUUCAGGGUGCACCGAGAUCAGUCCAAGGAAGUGGGAAAGCAAACGAGCGAAAAAAGAAAAAGAAGCCCAAAUCCUAGAGGGAGGAUGUCCAUCUCAAACGAGGCAUUGCAGAAGUUGCUGCGGGAGGUUGAGACGCAGGCGAUCGCAGCGCAGCAGCAAAUAUCCCUCGUCAGAACGCAACAAGCAUCUAAGCAGCGAGAGUUGCGAAUGGCGCAGCUAACGCGCAGCGAGAUAUCCUCGCUCCCGGCCGACACUAAUGUAUACGAAGGCGUCGGCAAGAUGUUUGUGGCCAUGCCCGUUGCCGAGAUGAAGAGCAAACUAGAGGGCCAGAUCAAGGAGGUAGAAGGCGAAGUAGACGGGCUCGGCAAGAGGCUGCACUACCUUGAGGUUUCGCAGAAGAAUAGUAAGGACCAGAUAGACCGCAUGCUGAGGGGCGGUGUGAGCGCGUCUUAGAGUAAAAAGGCAAAGGUUCUGGGUCCGGUUCGGAAGGGAGGGGUUUUGGCUACGCUGGCUACACUGGCUACACGGAGGCCUGCCGAUCACGCGACACGGAACUCUGGCGCAGCAAAUGGGGGGAACGGAGGCGUUGUGCUGUGUAUGUAUUAGCAGUGCUGGAAGGCGAACAAUCAACCGUGACCUAACUGCCCAGGCAUCAGAUCAGAUUUAAACUUCUCGGCUAAGGAGGCUGUUCACCGGUGGUUCGUGAUGCGUUAGUGCUUAUUUGUCUAUCUUACCCGAACACCAUGUACAAUACAGUCAUAAACUUCUCGGGAGAGAAAAAAGGAAGAUAGCAUGGUUAUGGAUGUAUGUUUCGCCACCGAAUUUAGUCACCAAUCCUACAUUCAUGCGGCUCACUUGAAUGAUUACCUACCUACGUAAAGGUUAGG